UAAAAGGAGUGAUGUUCCUCUUUGCUCAUCUUCCGGAUCUUGCCUCUCUCCUUCCUUUCCUUCCCUAUAGCUAUAUAAAACUCCAACUCUAACUAACCCUUCUUCUCAUUUUCGUCCGUAAACAGUGAUACCGAUACAAUACAAGCAUUUUUAUAUAUUCAUUUACCUUUUAUAUACAAUCGAAGUAUAAUGGCUUCCUGGAAGAAAACUAUUGCGUCCCCAUUUAGAAAAGCUUGCACUUUCUUCAAUCUGCAACCUCCAGUUACAAGGGAUAAGAAGGGCCGCCCAGAGCAUGAGAAGCGUGUUAUGGAUCUUCAAGGUGAAGUGAUGGCUUGUGGUUACGAGGAUGUUCAAGUGAUGUGGUCCAUUCUUGACAAAUCCAAGUCUGCACCCUGCAAUGUUACCUCUUGAUAUUUGGCUUCGCUUCAUGAACCAGAAGCUAGCCAUAAUGGCCAUGGUUGACUUUGAGCAAACAUUAUUCCAUGGAUCUGGCUAUUUGGUAUGCAUGACUUUGUAGAUAAUAUCGUUUUGUGUGGGAAAUUAUGAAUUAGGAUGUCUGAAGGCAAAGAGAGUAUUUUAAUUUAUGUGGUUCUACAUUAUAUAGGGAAAUGAAUGGAAUCCCCGUGAUCAAUCAACACUCACGGCGAGAUUUUUAAAGAAAUUUUCUUUUACAUUUA